CUACCCUCUGCAUCGAUGAAGAAAUGAUCGGGAGCACGUUAGCCUAAACGGAAUCAAAGAUGGCGGUCACCAUAGACAAUUCAACGAACGACUUCGAAUUCCAGAAGCCAUUCAACUACUCAAUUAACGAGAACAUCACCUACUUCGAUUACACUAACUUCACUUCGGACGAUUUCUGCGCAUCAAACAACUCACACGUAUACUUAAACGUCACCUGUGAGUUCGCUAUAAGCUAUGCUGAGCCUAUGUACGGGUACAUCGCACCGUUUCUGCUAGCUACAACGACGGUUGCCAACACCCUGAUCGUGGUGGUGCUAUCGCGGAGGCACAUGAGGACGCCCACCAAUGCCGUGCUGAUGGCGAUGGCUCUUUGCGACAUGUUCACCAUGCUGUUCCCGGCGCCGUGGCUAUUCUACAUGUACACCUUUGGAAACCACUACAAGCCGCUAAGCCCUGUCAGAGCGUGCCAAGCUUGGAAUUACAUGAACGAGGUGAUUCCAGCGAUGUUCCACACGGCUAGUAUCUGGUUGACGUUAGCCUUAGCCGUCCAGAGAUAUAUCUACGUUUGCCACGCGCCCGUCGCCAGGACCUGGUGUACCAUGCCCCGGGUGAUGAAAUGUCUGAUCUACAUAGGAAUAGCAGCGUUUCUUCAUCAGCUACCGCGCUUCUUCGACAGAUGCUACACGCCUCACAAGACUGUGUGGCGGGGGCGCGUUGAGGAAGUCUGCAGAAUCGAGAUGGCCUCUUGGGUGAAAGCGCUCUCCGUCGACGCCUAUUUCAUCUCCUACUUCGGCUUCAGAGUUUUGUUCGUCCACUUAAUCCCGUGCACAUCCUUAGUUGUCCUGAACGUGCUCCUCUUCAGGGCCAUGAGGACGGCCCAAAUAAACAGACAGAAGCUGUUCAAAGAGAACCGGAAAUCGGAGUGCAAGAGGCUCAGAGAUUCUAACUGCACCACCCUGAUGUUGAUAGUCGUGGUCACGGUUUUCCUCCUCGUGGAAAUACCCGUGGCCGUCGUCACUAUCCUCCACAUAAUAUCCAGCACGAUUGUCGAGAUCUUGGACUACCAUAUCGCGAAUAUUCUCGUUCUGGUAACGAAUUUCUUCAUUAUCGUUUCCUAUCCAAUCAACUUUGCUAUAUAUUGCGGUAUGUCGCGUCAAUUCAGGGAGACCUUCAAAGAGUUGUUUAUCAGAGGCACGGUUACCAGUAGGAAGAACGGUGGCUCCAGUAGGUACUCUCUUGUCAACGGCCCGAGGACCUGUACAAACGAAACUGUGCUCUAAACCCCCAUUCAUAAAGUCUCUUAUGAAAUGUAUCUUAAGAUUUUUUGUACUGUCUGUAUUUUGGUAAACAUAUCAAAGGUUUAUGAAAAUUUAAGCUGAUUUUUAUUUUUCGUCAGCUAAACAGAUCAAGCAAAUACGGUCAGCGUGUUAAUGUUAACACAUUUAUUAAUUCAUACACAAAAUUCAUUGUAGAAUACAUACUAUUAAUUCAUACACAACAUUCAUUGUAGAGUAGGUAAAUACUACUGGUUAAAAAGGUUCUCUCGUAAAAUAAAAAUGUUAAUUUAAACUUAUUAUUACGAUAAAUGUGCUAAUAUUGUAAAUUAAAACGUAAAAUU